UUUGCACAGCAGCAGCAACAGCAGCUCGGGGCGGCUACUUCCACCUCAGUCUCUCCGCCCAACUCCUCUUCAACUCCUGAAAACCAGAAAACCGCUUUCGAACUGUCCACUCUUCCGCUGCCUGAGGGCUGGCAGCAGACGACGGUCCCCGGCACCGGUGACACCUACUACGUGAACGUCGCCGAGCAGACCACCAGCUGGUACCACCCGGCCGUGGCCAGGCAGGCCCAGCUGAAGGCGGUGGCGGUGAAGGUGGCCAAUAGCGGCGGCUCGCUGGAGCCGCCCUCAUUUCUGAUGACGUUGCAGCAGAGCCAGCAGAACCAGAAUCAGCAGCAACAGCAGCAGCAGGCCAUUCCCUCUGAGCUGCUCUCUGCCAUGGAGAACAUGACCACUGAGAAUCAGCAGCAACAGCUGUCCAGCGUCGGCAGCAGCCCGUCCAUUCUGCGCGACCUUCAGCUGGAGCGGGAGCGAAUGCGCCAGCGACAGGGCGAGAUUCUGCAGAGUCCGCAGCUGCAGCUGAGGAACGCCCCUCAACUUCAGAACAACGGCAACAACAACAGCAACAACAACAGCUUUCUCUCCAGCUCUUCGCCUUCUUCUUCUGCAGUUUUCACCAACCCCAACUCUGACCCUUUCCUCUCUUCAGUGGCCAUUGGCAUCAAUGCAAACGCCAACGCUCUCAACAACUCCAUCUUCUCGGGGGCUUUGGUUGGUGCUGGUGGCGGCGGUGGCCACAAUCGCCAGGCCUCCCUGGACUCUGGUCUGAUGCUGGGAAACACUGGNCAGCACUCGCUGGGGAACAUCACCACCACCGGAAACAGCAUCAACAGCAGCCUUGGGAGUCAUCCGAACAUCAUCAACAGCUUUGGCAGCGAGCAGAUGUUGCUA